AUGAGCAAAUAUCCAAUUGCUAACGUUGCAGUUGCUGUCGUGAGAGGAGACUCUACUGUUAAGGGAAUUGUUACUUUCGAGCAGGCUUCCGAGUCUGAACCAACCACCGUUUCGUGGGAAAUCACAGGUAACGAUCCAAAUGCUCUGAGAGGCUUCCACAUCCAUCAAUUCGGUGAUAACACCAACGGUUGCACUUCUGCUGGACCACACUUCAACCCAUUCGGCAAAAACCACGGUGCACCAGAAGACUCCGAGAGACACGUCGGUGACCUUGGUAACAUUACCACCGAUGCCAACGGGGUUGCUAAGGGUGCUAAGCAGGACAGUCUAAUCAAACUGUUUGGUGAAAACUCCAUUUUGGGAAGAACUGUCGUUGUUCACUCUGGUACCGAUGACUUGGGUAAGGGUGGCCACCCAGACUCUUUGAAGACUGGUAAUGCCGGUGGCAGACCAGCCUGUGGUGUCAUUGGCUUCUCUUCCUAA